AGGGACUGGGUGCUUAGACUCACUGGCCUUGAGUCUCACAAAAGGCUCCAAGUUGGUUAUAUUGUUGCACAGAUAGGUCCUGCAGACAUGGCUGUAGGAGGACACGGACACUCCCGGUGGAGACACGAGAUCCAUGGACCCCAGUGAAACACCCGCUCUCCUCCACUGCUCUGCCGACUCCUCCCCAGGGACUGAGACCAGAGUCCCCCAGAGCACAGAGCUCAUCCCCAGGAGACCCGUCAGUCGCUCUCCAACCUGUGCCCGCUGUCGCAACCACGGUGUCACGGCCCAUCUCAAGGGCCACAAGCGCCUCUGCCUCUUUCAGGCUUGCGAGUGUCACAAAUGUGUCCUCAUUCUAGAACGCCGGAGAGUCAUGGCUGCCCAAGUGGCCUUGCGCAGGCAGCAAGAGGCGCAGCUCAAAAGGCACCUGGCUCAGGGACUGAUGAAAGGGACAACCCCCCUGAAAGCUCCCCUCCGUGUCAAGAAGGGGGCCAUUCGACCAGGGGUCCCUUCUGGAAAGGAGAACAUAGCACCCCAGCCACAGAGCCCCCAUGGGACAGCCCCAUUGGUGCUGACGGCCCCUGGGAAGGAGAACUACGGGCCUCUGCUGUUCAGCCGCCCCCAGGAGGCCUUGCCUUUGCCCUGGACUCCAGUGCCUCCUGGGCCUUGGGGCCCUGGACACUGGCUGCCCCCAGGCCUCUCAAUGCCACCUCCAGUAGUGUGCCGCUUGCUGUGCCAGGAGCCUGCUGUCCCUCUGCAUCCCCUCCCCGGCUUUGACCCUGGCACCUCUCUCCGGCUGCCCACUCACGGAACCCUCCCAACCUGCCCAGGAUCUCGUUCAGUACUGGCAGCUCCACUUUCUGGAGAGCCCCAAGGACCCCCUAACCUGCCUCACACAUGUUCGACUCUGAUACUCCAGUCCUGUGGCAGCCCAGACUCUCUUCUGCUACAGCCACAGGCCCCGGGAGCCUCUUGCCUGGCCUGGACAUCUGGCCCCUCAGAGCGGCAGCUGCAGCGAGAGGCAGCUGAGGCCCUUGUAGGUCUGAAAGAUUCAUCCCAGGCUCCCCGCCUGACCCCAUCUGUCCCCCCGAACCCUGCCUGGAUCUCUCUGCUCCACCCCUGUGGCCCGCCAGCUCCUCCAGCAGGAAGAGGGUUCCAGCCUGUUGGCCCGCCUCUCCGGCCCAGUCCAGCCUCCUCUGUCUCUCUGCACAUUGGUCGUUUGGGUUCCAUCUCCCUCCUUAGCUAGAAACCAGAGGUGGAGGCUGCCUCACUGGGACAAGAGUCGACUAACUGCAGGCAUGCAUAUUUGGUAUUUUACUUAUGCAUUUUGUAUAGAAUUUAUGUAAUGCAAACUUCAGCCUUUUUUUUUUUUUUUUUAACUUUCAGUUUCCUUUUGUAGUGUGGGUAUUUCCUUGACUGGAGGUGGAUGUUCUCUAGCCCUUUUUAAGUCCCUCACAGCUGGGCAGUUUAAGAGGACCAUAUCUAAAUAUAUUUUUGCAAGAGUUUAUGUUCUAUAUAUGCCUGUGUGCUCACAUCUAUCUCUGCAUGUGAAAAUACAAGAAUAUGUUCAUUUU